ACCCGGACCCGCCCAGAGCUCGAAGGAGGGUCACUAGGUCCUGGCCGGGGACCGGGUCACCACCUGGCCCGCCCCUUCUCGCUGGAGGUCCGAAAAUUGGGCCAUUUCCCGGCCGCACCCUCACCGCUUAUCGGGGUGCGCCCGCCCCCCUCCGAGGGAGGGGCCGCCAGUGCCGUGCGGCGCCGGCACAGGACCGGCGGGGACCCCUCGAAGCCGUCGCAGCAGACCCAGCGCCCCUGGACCCUCCGCUGGACGCCACACGCCCCUGCUCCGUGCUGCCCCGGGCCCUUGACCCCUGUGCGGCCCCCAGUCCUCCCGCCCGGCCCUCCUACCCAGCACCGGGUGCCCCACCCUAGCCUCUCCGGUCUCCUCCCCCGACGCCCCGGGCGGCUCGGGUCGGGCCCCCCGGAGCCCCACGUUGCCCGGGCAGGAGCGCGCGAUGCUCCGGCUCCCGGUGCUGCUGCUCCUGGUGCUGCUCCAGCCGCCGCCGCUGCCCGCGCUCGCCCCGGAGCCCGCGGCGCAGGACGUGAGCCUGGGCUUGGACUGGCUGACCCGCUAUGGCUACCUGCCACCGCCCGACCCAGCCCAGGCCCAGCUGCGGAGCCCUGAAAAGCUCCGGGAUGCCAUCAAGGUGAUGCAGAGGUUUGCUGGGCUGCCUGAGACCGGUCUCCUGGACCCAGCGACGAUGGCCACCAUGCACAAGCCCCGCUGCUCUCUGCCCGACGUGCUGGGGGUGGCAGAGCUGGUUAGGCGGCGGCGCCGGCGCUAUGCCCUGAGCGGCGGUAUUUGGAAGAAGCGAACCCUGACGUGGAGGGUACACUCCUUCCCCCGGAGCUCUGCACUGAGCCAGGAGACUGUGCGGACGCUCAUGCACCAUGCCUUGGCAGCCUGGGGUAUUGAGUCAGGCCUCAAAUUCCGGGAGGUGGGUUCUCAGGGCCCACCGGAGGCUGACAUCCUCAUCGACUUUGUCCGGGCCUACCACCAGGACAGUUACCCUUUCGACGGGCAGGGGGGGACCCUCGCCCACGCCUUCUUCCCCGGGGAACAUCCCAUCUCCGGGGACACUCACUUCGACGAUGAGGAAAUCUGGACUUUUGGGUCAAAAGAUGGUGAGGGGACAGACCUGUUUGCGGUGGCAGUUCAUGAGUUUGGCCACGCACUGGGCCUGGGCCACUCCUCUGCGCCUGACUCCAUCAUGAGGCCCUUCUACCAGGGUCCUGUCGGGGAGCCCACCAAGUACCGCCUGUCCCAGGAUGACCGUGAAGGCCUGCAGCAGCUCUACGGGAAAGGACCCAAAACCCCAUAUGAUGAGCCCACAAUGAAACCCCUGGCUCCUCCUCCCCCGCCCCCUGCCCUGCCCCCAGGCAGCCCCUCCCUUCCUGUCCCUGAUCGAUGUGAUGGCAAUUUUGAUGCUAUCGCCAACAUCCGUGGGGAAACCUUCUUCUUUAAAGGCCCCUGGUUCUGGCGCCUCCAGCCCUCAGGACAGCUGGUGUCCCCCCGGCCUGCCAGGCUCCACCGCUUCUGGGAGGGGCUGCCCCCCCAGGUGACUGUCGUCCAGGCUGCCUACACCCGGCACCGAGACGGCCGAAUCCUACUCUUCAGUGGCCCGCAGUUCUGGGUGUUCCGGGACCGGCAGCUAGAGGGCGGCGCGCGGCCGCUGGCCGAGCUGGGGCUGCCCACGGGGGAGGAGGUGGACGCCGCGUUCUCUUGGCCGCUGAACGGGAAGACCUACCUGGUCCGGGGCCACCGCUACUGGCGGUACGACGAGGCGGCCGCGCGCCCGGACCCUGGCUACCCGCGCGACCUGAGUCUCUGGGAGGGGGCGCCUCCCAGCCCCGACGAUGUCGCCGUCAGCAACGACGGUGCCACCUACUUCUUCAAGGGCGCCCACUACUGGCGCUUUCCCAAGGGCAGCGUCAAGGCCGAUCCGGACUCCCCGCAGCCCAUGGGCCCCCAGUGGCUGGACUGCCCGGCCGCCAGCGCUGGCCCUCGCUACCCCAGACCCCCCAAAGCGACUCUCAAGCCCGAACCCUGCAAUUGUCAUUGCGAGAUCAACCAGGCCGCCGGGCGGUUGUCCUCGUCUUCGUCGUCGGUGACCCUCCUGCUGCUCCUUCUGGCCCUGCUGGUGGGGGACAUCACGUCCCGCUGAGGGGGUCAGGCCGCUCCACGGCGGGGCCGGUUCUCCCACCACCGGCCUGUACAGUAGGGGGCGGUGAUGGCCUGUCGGGGGUGGUGACGGGCCCAGCAAGGUGGGUGGAGCUAAGCCCUGGGGGUAGGGGUGGGGUGGGUGGGACACGAAGGCUGGCCCUGGACCGAACACAGGAAGUGCUCAGCCCCCCCUCCCCCAAACCCGGCUGCACCUGCUUUGGCCCCCCCAGGACUGUGCAUUUCCCGGAAUGGCUGGCUUUUCUCAGAACACAGCCUGCAGACUCCUUGCAGCCCAAGCCCUGCCUGGCAACAGCGGCUCAGGUGCAUGGGUCUUUAGAGGACAGGCCUGAUCGGGAGACUGAGCCCCAGCACGCCCCCCCACCCCACUUUUCCAGAAGUGUCUCACCCUGUUUUUCUUCCACCAGGUCCCAGUCAACACCACAUGGGUGGGGAACUGGGACCCAGUCGUGAGACCACCCCUGGGCACCGGUGCUGCCCGUUCUGGGUGGCACCAAUGACCACAAGGGUGACCUUCCACAAUCUGGCCCCCGGACCUCCUUGCUGGUCACCACCCUGAAUCCAGAAUUGUCCCAUUCAGUAGGACACCCUCCCCAUCUUUAAAAACCUCUUUUUGCCUCCACCCCGCUGUCUGCAGUUCCCUCAAGGAGAACUCCCGCGCUCCCGUCCGCUCAGUGCUGACCACAGACGGUAGACUGAGCAGUCUCUUCACCUGCGGUCACUGCUUGCUCAGCACUCCUGGCUGAUGAGUGGGCGAAACCUGGGCCAUCCCAUUCACUUCCCACUCUCCCCAGAAUUCAGGAUCUAAAUCAGUGCCUCUGGAACUGUGCUUCUGGAACAUUCCACAUCAGAAUCACCCUGGGAACUUAAAAAUGCAAAUCCCAUGCCCUCACCCUGAAUCUUCACUUGGGAUGGGACUGUCUUGUGGCUUUUCUGUGUCUCUGCCAUGUUCUCCAGGAGCCAACUUUUCAUGUCGCCUGCAGAGCCAAGCUGAUGGCCACAGCUGAUAGGGGUCACCCCCAUGGCUGGAGUCACUCAGUGGCUUUUUCUUGGGCUGCUGUCCAGCCUCAUGCUCCGCAGUGCUACCUAGAGUGAGGCUGUGGGCUGCAGUCCCAGGGAGCACAGACAGGGCCUGCUGUUUAUCAAGGCAAGCAGACCAGUGUGAAGACAACAGCCAGGCACAUCUUUGACCUGUCCAUGACCUGAGAACUCUAAGCCAUCUGAGGAUCUGUCAGGAUCCUGUUAAAGUACAAGGAGGGGAAAAAUUAUAUUUUCAAAGCUUAUCAGGUUGGUUUGGCUCAGUGGAUAGAGCGUCAGCCUGCGGACUGAAGAGUUCUGGGUUUGAUUCAAGUCAAGGACACAUGCCGGGAUUGCAGGCUUGAUCCA